GCCCAGAGGUUUACGGAUCUUGCAUCAUUUUGCUAGGAAAAGAAGGGGAACACCCUGCCUCGCGCCCUCGUCUACCGCAUCUCUGUUGUUCCUUUUGCAAUCUCCCUUUAUUUUUCCAUUUUAAAAAAUAAAAUCUUAGCUUUGGAGCGGGUAAGAGAAAACGGCCGGACGUUGGAAACCAAGAUCUACGGAAUCUUCAGGCUUUAACAGUUCUUUAAAGACUUCUUCUCUACCAUUUGUGCUAGUUCCGUCUGUUUUUCCCCGUAUUACCUGAUUCAUUUCAUUUUUCGUUCUUCUGCAGGACUCCGUGAUGCCGGUUCUUGGCCCGGGAAAGCGGCUUCGUCGGCCACCUAAGUGCAGGCAACCGUCGGUCCUGAUGACUUGAAAUGCGGCAGCCCUUCUGGCCUCCCACCCAGAUGAAGAUGCAGCUUGUGGAACCGGAAGGCUCGAAGGGGAUGGGUUCUCCUGGGUGCUCGGAGAUAGUCGAACUGGUGGACGAGCCGAAAGAUGCUCGUUCGUGUGGGCUUACCCACUUGAGGGUGAGGGUCAAGCCAGUGGGGCAGGAGCUUGGGGCACGGUCGUGCUCGGUGGAGGAUGAUCUUGACCAGCUCAUCAGAUCGAUCAACGUGCGCACGUCGGCGAGGGCUUCUGGGCAGACGAGCACGGAUAGGCGGCUUAUUGCGCUUGGGAAGUCGCCAGUGUCGAGCUCAGAGAUUGUGGAGUCCGUGAGCCUGAAGCAGGCCCUGAGGAAGAUGUGCAUCUCACAGGCGUCGGAGAUGGCAGCCAUGAAGAGACUGUCAAAACCGACAGGGGUGUCCACCCCUUCUGAUUCUGGAGCAAUCAAGAAGCUACAUGGCUCUGUUGCAGUUCAAACCAAUGAGGAGCAAGAUGACAAGAGUAAGGCAGGGAAAGUUUCUGUGAAGCCUGAGAAAUCGGCAGGAAGUUCAGUGGGUAAGCCAAGUGAAAUCAGUAAGGGGCAGAGCAAGAGCUCAGCCAAGAAGAAUUUGAGAUCAGCAUCUCCUACCACAGGGAAUGUUCAUAAAACCAGAAUCCAAGAUGUGAUCAGUAACAAGUCAUCAGAGGGAGUUGAAGGUAUUUCUGUAGAAGUAACUCUGCCAAAGCAGAGAAAAGGUAAAUCAAUGAAAACAUCUAGCCCCCGGGCUGUUCCUGUAGGUGGCUCACGGUUGGUGAGGCCAAUGUUUCGGAAUAAAACCUCGACGAAAAAGAAGGUGAAACCUGAACCUGCUAUAGUGCCCGCAUCACACAAGCAUUGUGAGACGAAAGGUCCUAAAUCUCACACUAGUAAACAUCAGGAGUCCCUUCAGGAUGAACCCAGAACCCCAGCGCCAACUGACAAGAAGGCUGCUGUCAGCUCCACCACUGUUGAUGGAGCUGAUUUUGGCACUAAAGGAUGUGGUGUCGGUGUGAUCCAUGGCUCGAAGGUUGGUGAGUUGUUAAGAUCAAAGGAGAAGGGAGAAUGCUCCCAAAGCUCUAAGAGUAGCAUUGGUGAUUAUAGCACCAGCACAAGCAUCAGUGAGGACAGUUAUGGCAGCUUCAGUGCUAACAGAAGCAGGCCUCACAUGUCAAAGGAUGUGAGAUGGGGAGCCAUCAGGCGCAUGGCUAUCCAACAAGGGAGCUUGGGAUUAAAGAACUUCAAGCUUCUCAAACAACUUGGUUGUGGGGAUAUUGGCACUGUUUAUUUGGCUGAGUUAGUGGGCUCAGACUGCAUGUUCGCAUUGAAGGUUAUGGACAUCGAGUACCUCAUAAGCAGAAAGAAAAUGCUCAGAGCACAAACUGAGAGGGAGAUACUGCAAAUGCUCGACCACCCAUUCCUUCCAACCCUGUAUUCUCAUUUCACGACGGACAACCUUUCUUGUCUGGUAAUGGAGUUUUGCCCUGGUGGUGACCUACAUGUUCUUAGGCAGAAGCAACCUACCAAAACCUUUUCGGAAGCAGCUGCAAGAUUUUAUGUCGCUGAAGUCCUCUUAGCCUUGGAGUAUCUCCAUAUGUUGGGGGUCAUAUACCGUGAUCUGAAGCCAGAGAACAUCCUUGUUCGUGAAGAUGGGCACAUCAUGCUCUCAGACUUUGAUCUGUCGCUGAGGUGCUCAGUGAGCCCAAUGCUUGUGAGAACAUCAUCAGUAGACAGAGAUGAGCCAAGUAGGCCUUCUGGUCCCUGUGCACAAAGCUGCAUUGAUCCCCUGUGUAUCCAGCCAUCGUGGAGCAAUUCGUCUUGCUUCACGCCCAGUCUGGUUUCAUCUACACCGUCAAGGACACGGAGGACUAGAGCUGAACCCCUGAAGAAACCAUCACUUCCACAGCUCGUUGUUGAGCCUACGGAAGCAAGGUCAAAUUCGUUUGUUGGGACCCAUGAAUAUCUUGCCCCAGAGAUCAUUCGAGGAGAUGGCCAUGGCAGCUCGGUUGAUUGGUGGACUCUUGGAAUCUUCCUUUACGAAUUACUCUAUGGCAAGACACCAUUCAGGGGACCGGACAAUGACGAAACACUCUCAAAUGUGAUCUCACAGGGCUUGAAGUUCCCUGACAGUCCAGCAUUAAGCUUCCACGCUCGAGAUCUGAUCAGAGGGCUGCUUGUGAAAGAACCGGAGUACCGGCUUGGCUCGUCGAGAGGAGCUGCUGAGAUUAAGCGGCAUCCCUUCUUCGAAGGUCUGAACUGGGCCUUGAUCCGGUGGACUUCACCACCAGAGACCCCGAAAAAUAUUGAUACUGCAGCAACACUCGCGGGAACACGCAAGAAAAAGGAAGGCAAAUGUCUGGAAUUCCGGCUGAAUGGCGACGACAUCGAGUUCGAGCUCUUUUAGUUGUAGCUGUAGUGGUAGUCCCAAUGAUAUAUCAGUACCACGUAAGCGCAAGAGUAGUCUUUAGUCCCCCUUCCUUGCAGAUUUCUGUUCAUCCUUGGUCAUUUCGGACGUUGGGAAGUAAGGUAAGGUUGGCUGAUAAGCAUGUAACUUUAUGCGUUGUUAAUACUAUCCAAUAUUAGAAGACGCUGUUGGAAAAUUCCUGGGCAUGUGCGAGAUGCAACUAGUAGAAACAGCACCUUUGUGUUGCUGGAUGAAACA